AUGGAGACGCCUUGCCCCCCAGAAAGGAGGUUGCACCACAUGGUCUUUUCAAGAUUACCGCCCAAAACCCGCCUAGACACAGCCCAGCUAACAAAGCAAAAAGCUCGUUCCAUCGUACAAAGAAAGGCACAGAGACACAAACACAAAAACACAAAACACAAAACACACACCCUUAGAACCAUGCGCACAAGACCACUUAUCAGCCGAGUACUGAAGGGAUGGCGGAUUGGCUGUACACUGGAGGAUUACAAGAUUGAACCUGAUGAAAUGUUGUCUUCGAAGCCAGACGCUACACUUGACCACAAUGACCACAAGUAUAAAAAAUUAUACCGAUUAUGCUUGGCCAAGAGUACAGCAUAUACCAAAUUGAGAUGGGUGGUAGAGCUAAGCUUGGUAGUGCUGUUUUUAAGCCGUUUUAAGCCUUUGCCGGAUUGUUACGUUUAUGAUGGUAAAUGGUUUGACGACCUAUAUUGUUUUUUAUCGGGGUGCACAUAUGGAUUUGUAAAUGAUAAGGUUUUACAACAAUAUAAUGAAUAUUUGGACGUCGGCGAGAAGCCUGAUGUUUUCCAUCCAAUUUUGAGUAGGCCAUCUGAGUUCAAAUUCUGGCACUAUUGUAUCAGAACCACUGUAUAUUACAUACUCUGGGAAUUACUCGUAUCUCAAUGUAGGCCAUUAUUCUGGCCUCUCGCGUUUGUUUUACACAGCACAUAUUGCUUGGCUUAUGUGUUUAAGGUAUUUUUGCGGAGUGAAAACCCAACACACCAAUUUUACUUGGACGUAUGCAAGCGACAUACCAUGGCGAGGUGGAUAUCAGGGAUAGGCUUGUUGUCCUUUGUUUUAUUUCUUUAUAGGUGUCAUUACGCAUGGGAACUGUGUUACUAUGCACUUGGAAUCUCCAUUUUGGAUGCGUUCAUUAUGUGUCUGACAAGAAUGCACGAUAUAUAUUCACAACAACCCAAAGACAACAGUCAGGAAGCGAAUGAAGCGUCCAUGGAAUUCCGUCCAUAUCUAAGGAAUUCACCCGAGUUUAUACUGUGGUGCAUUUGCAUCAAGCACACUGUGUGGUUUCUAGUUCUAUCAUUGUUUGAAGUCAGGUAUGAUCAAGAAGAUAUCGUUGUUUUCAUAUUCUUUUACGACGUAUAUUGGACUGUAAUAUGUGUGAUAAAAGCUGUCCUGCUUAUGAACAGCUACGGUACAUACCAGCAUCGGUAUGUGAAUGAGAUGCGAUGGUUACAAGAUACAAUGGCCUUGGAUGGCGUUUUGAAGUGCCCUCCUUGCAUGUAG